AUGUUUUCCAUUCUGCGUUUACUGCGUGGCCCCACUGUUUCCGAGGCACAUUUUCAUAUUCAUUCGCUACUCAUCCCAACUGCAUUGUUCUUUUCUACUUUCACUCUUCCCCGUCGAGCAGAUUCCCCCUCCAAUGCAAGUCUGCCCUACAAUCAUCAAGCCUGCACCAAGUCAUCCUCGUCUCCCCCGGCUCCAACUCACGCCGCCCAGGAGGAGGUACAGCUAACGCCUCCUAAAGUCGUGUGUACAGAGUCCGUCUCUGUAGCUCCGCCGCCGCCGUUGCCUCUGAUUCUCUGCUCAGACGCUGAGCAGACGCAAGCAGAUGCCCAAGAUGAGUCGCCCGGAAGGGCUGUUCCCGCUAGCGACGCCGCCGAUGACGUUGCCGCCUCUUCGACAACAUCCGACCACAACAUAGACACAGCAACCGAGUCACUUGAGGAAGCGGAACGCGACGGUGUGGCAGCCAAUGGCGACGCCGAGGCCGAGGUUGACGAUGGGCGUUGUAAGGAGCCUUCGAACGAUGAACACGACCACGAGGAGGCAGGGCCGGACAUGCUGGCGUCCAACGAUGCUGUAGACGAACAUUCCAGGUAUGAAGUUUCUAUGGACAACGGCAGCUGA